AUGGCCACGGAUAGCUUUCCCUCAGAAAUGAUCACCGUCUACAAGACGUUUUUCCUUACCUUCUACAGUGCAGUUGACUCCAUGGAUGAUGAGGCCGUAGCCGGCUCAUUCACUGAGAGUGGGACAUUUGUUCUCGGUACCAAGAAGGCGACCGGGAUUCUUGCACUGCUUGCCUCUCUUCGAAGACUUGUGAAGUCUCGGACGCAUCAUUUAGACCAAUUUUUUAUUAGGUCGGACUCGGAAAGUGUCAUGAUGAAUGGUUCCGUUGGAUACGGUCAAUAUGAUGGUAGUAUUGUGGCCACUGAAUGGGCCGGGUUGGCUCAUCUAAUGCGGGUGCGUGAGGAUACUGUGCGGAUGGAUAACUAUCAGGUUUAUUUCGCCAGCGAUGCAACUUUUUAG